CGGAGAACACGCGUUGUCAAAUAUAGAAUUAAUAUUAAAAGUACUUGUCGUGAAACCGGAAGGAUACAUUUUUAUUGUUUAAUGGAAAGAAGACACUAAAACAGGAAUAAAACAUUUAAACCCAUAUGGAAUGUACAAUCACGUGACUCUGUAGACACCAUUGAAAGUUUCGCACAGUCGGUAACAUCGCUCAUAGUGCGCGCGACCAAGUAUGGGUAAAGAUAGAGAUGCACGAGCUACACUUCUGUUUUGGAACAGAGCACUCAAUAAGAAUCGAUAGGGGACCACCGACAUAAAGUAUUUAACUUGUCAAAUUAACUAGACAAGGAUUAAUUUUCUCCGCUUGUACAUAGCUAUAAUCAUUGCAAAAUGCGCUUACUGAGAUGGAUCGAUCUGUGCUACCUACUGUUUAUGGGAAUAUUUGAACUCAUUCAUGGGUUUGAACAAGAUUGUCCCAUCGACUGGAGUAUGUAUGAAUCGGUAUCAAAAGAAAAGGCACUAAUCAAAUGCCUAUUAGAGAGAUACAGUAAUUACACCACAGUCGGUCGACCGGUAACCAACACCUCGGAUUUGAUAACCGUCGAGUUCGGUCUUAGUCUUGUUCAAAUUAUGGACGUGGAUGAGAAAAAUCAGGUUCUCGAGACAAAUGUCUGGUAUACGUAUCAAUGGAAAGAUGCGUUACUCAAAUGGGAUCCUGAUAAAUUUGAUGGUUUAAAGAAAAUAAUGGUUCCACCUGACAAGGUUUGGAUACCUGAUAUUGUCCUUUACAAUUUCGCUGAUUCCCGACUGAAAGAGCAGCGGAGUGCCCUUGUUAACGUGUUUGACGAUGGCUCAAUUCUCUGGAUGCCUCAAGCUAUUCUCCGAAGUACCUGUGCAUUCGACACUAAAUACUUCCCGUUUGAUGAGAAUGAAUGUCAUCUUAAAUUCGGCUCUUGGACUCACGACGGUAACCAGAUGGAUCUUCAGUUCUUUGAUAAUAAGUCCAAAUUUCUUGUCGAUGAUUUUAUCCCUGGAAAUGAAUGGGAUUUGGUGGGUAACCGCGGACAGAGAUUUGUAGAACGUUACGAGUGUUGCAAGGACACGCCUUACCUAGAUCUGAAGUUCUAUAUUUUGCUGAGAAGAAAGACGGCGUUUUACAGCUUUAUCUUGCUCCUACCAUGCACCUUGCUUUCUUGUCUUACACUGGUCAUCUUCUGGGUGCCCCCGGAGUCGCCCGCAAAACUUAUGCUUGGGAUGAAUAUAUUUGUUGCAUUUUUUGUCUUGCUGCUGUUAUUGUCCGAAUCAACACCGAAAGCUGCAGAGUCUAUCCCUCUUAUUGGGGCGUAUUUUUGUUUAUCCAUGGUGAUGAUCACUAUGUCUACUGUUUUGUCGACAGUAAUUGCCAACAUGUUCUUCCGAGGAGUGCGUAUCAACAGGGCGCCACGUUGGCUUAGAGCGUUGAUGAUAGAUGGUAUAGCGACAGUACUGUGUCUCAGGAGCCAACUGCUAGAACCAGACUACCAAACAGAUAUGUGCAACUACAAAAGAAGUCAGUAUGCCGAUGCCGAAGCACGGUAUGCCAAAGUUCGUCUCCUUGACAACGGCCGUCAAGAGAGUAGAGGUGUAAACACAAACUACAAUGAAGUAGAGCAUAACAAUGUCCAUAACAAUCAGUUAGGAGAUUUGUGUUUAAAUACGUCGUUUGCAGACGAUAUUCGCACCAUAAGAGAGAUCUUGGAACAGUUCAAGGAGAAGAAAGCGAAAGCUGAAUUAAAGGAGAAAUGCCUGCGGGAGUGGAAGGUGAUCUGUUGUGUCACUGACAGGCUGUUCUUUAUAUCAUACCUGUUGGUCAAUAUCGUCGGUAUCGUCGUUAUCUUCUUUGGACAGCCUGAUCCAUCUUGAGUAAUUAUCCACACAAUGCACACUUUAUAUAAGUACUCUUUUUUUGUUUUAAAUGUACUUUAAUUUAGAACGAAAUAUACACCUUUAACUAUUGAGAAACUCUUGCACAAUGUUCAUUAUACAUGAAAAUAUCACAAUGUUUCUGACCACAACUGGAUUCGUUAAUUAUCAAAAUUAGGCAUUGAAAUAUAUGGAAUUUGUAAUAAACAACAACAACAGAGAAACAGUGGACAAAUAUUUCUUACUUAAGAUAUCAGUAUUAAUAGUAUUGGUUAUUUAAAAAAAUGUGCAGGAUGACGAUAUACUACUGGUUUCUGAUCUUCUGAUGGUGAAACGACGGUACUAAAGCUUCCAAACUGUAGCUGCAGAUAUUGUGUAAUUAUUGUUGUUAACUAAGGAAAACAAUAUAUACUAAUAUAUCCAGGAAAAAAAUAAAACGUUGAAGAAAAAAAUACUAUACGUUCGAAUAUAAUUGAUGGCCGAUGAGCUAAUCACAUAAUAAUAUAUAUAAGUUGCCGCCUUUUCUGCAGGUAAUGUAUAAUGCUGCCAAAAUUAUUUUUGUACUUGAAUAAUUGUUUGCAGAAAGAUUUUGAAAGAGUCUUUUUUUGGAAAUUGUAUAAUUUAGCUUUAUUUGACAAACUGCUUUAUCGCAUAGAAAUGAUAUAUUUCAAAAUUCACCAGUAAUGCAAGGGAUAUAUAUUAAUAAAUGAGCGCAUGAGUUCACAAAUAAAUCAAAAUAAGUUUUUUUAAGAAAUUAAACUGAAUAUAAAUGGAAGUAGAAACAGAAUUACACAUUUUUCAUAGAGCUGUUUGUUCGGAAACGAUAUAUGCAAUAGAGCCAUUUCAUAAACAUUGUUCAUUUCAAGAUUAUCUUUACAUUUUAAUAUGGCAAUAGAUAUUGUGCUUGUAAUGUUUGGUAAAUGGAUUUUAUUUAGCUUGAUACUUCAAUGAAAAUAGUGAAAACGAAUGUAAAUCACUUAUAUUUGAACUCGUUUACAAGGUUAAUUUUUUA